AUGGAUGUUUAUGGAAUUCCUAAGGAUUCUCAGCCAUCUCCACUAGCCCUGCUUGCAGCCACAUGUAGCAAGAUUGGCCCUCCAGCUAUAGAAGCAGCUAUUCUUUCUUCUGCUCCUCCUCAACCUGCCCCUCGGAAAUUGGUUCCUAUUAAGCCUGCUCCACUCCCACUAGGUUCUAACAAGAACAACAUUGGAAUCUUAUCAAAAGGAAACCUCUUCCAAAUUCAAGGUUCUCAACUGGGCACCUCAUAUCCUGGUGGACAGCUGGUAUUUACAAUCCAGAACCCAGCUGUAAGCAGCAAAGGAGCCCUCUCUUCUUCCAAUAUUCAGUAUCGGGCGGUACCACAGAACCAAACAACAUCAGGACAGAUGAUUCAGGUGCAGCAAAAUUUGGGCAAUCAAAUGCAGAUUCCCAGCAAUAUCACCCCUUCUUCCUCUUCAUCAGCUCAUAGGCCUGUGCCAAUAAAGCCAGCUCCAGCUCAUAAGUCAUCAGUAGCUGCUCUCCACAACACAAGCAGUGUUGUCAAGUUAACUGACACCAGUGGCAAUGUUACACUUACACUUCCAGUGAACAAUCUUGUAACUGCUGGGGAGACUAGUACUCAGACUCAAAUUGUACCUGGCAGCCCCUCUAAGCCAAGCAGAAAAGCUCGAAAGAAAAUGGUACCACAAGCUCAAACAACUGCAAUGGCUGUGACAGAGCAAGUUGAAGCAGUCUUAAUAGAGACUACAGCUGACAACAUCAUCCAGGCAGGGAACAAUCUGUUGAUUGUACAGAGUCCUGGCUCUGGGCAGCCAGCUUUGGUCCAACAGGUGCAAGUAGUUCAGCCCAAACAAGAGCAACA